GAUAAUUCUGGACAGGGAUACACUGCUGAUAUCAAGUGUGAUGUUGGAGGACCAAGGAACUUACACGUGUGUGGCCCACACCUCCCUGGACACUGCCACAGCUGAGACACAGCUGAUUGUUCUUGAUGUUCCUGAUCCACCAGAAGACCUUCAGCUCUCUGAAAACCAAAACCGAAGCGUCCGACUCUCCUGGAGAGCUGGGGCCAGCCACAACAGCCCUAUUAAUGAGUCGAUCGUAGAGUUUGAAGAGAACAGGUGGGAGCCAGGGAGGUGGCAGGAGCUUGCCAGAGUCCCUGGGAAUGGCACCACAGCUCUGCUCUCGCUGGCACCGUACGUGAACUACCAGUUCCGCGUGGUAUCUGUGAAUGCUGUGGGCAGGAGCCACCCCAGCAAACCAUCCCUGCGCCACACAACUCCUCCAGCUGCUCCAGAUAAGAACCCAGAAAACAUCAGAGUUGAAGCUUCUGAACCAAAUGAAAUGGUGAUGAAAUGGGAGCCAUUGAAACCUGUGGAGAGGAAUGGGCCAGGGCUGGAGUACAGAGUCAGCUGGAGGCAGCGAGGAGUGGAGGUGGAAUGGAACGAGGAGACAGUGAAGAAACACUCCCUGACCCUGAGGAACACUCCCACCUUUGUGCCUUAUGAGAUCAAAGUGCAAGCAGUAAACAAUUUAGGAUCUGGUCCUGAGCCAAAUGUUACCAUUGGAUAUUCAGGAGAGGAUUUCCCGGAUGCUGCUCCUUCAGGUGUCUCUGUGGAAGUGGUGAACAGCACAUUGGUCAAAGUCUUCUGGUUUGGAAUACCAAGGGACAGAGUUCAUGGCCACUUAAGAGGCUAUAAGGUCAGCUGGUGGAAAACCAAAAGCAUGCUGGAUGGAAAAAGGCAUCACCCAGAGAAGCACUUCCUAACAUUUGUAGGAGACAGGAACUAUGGGAUGAUUCCCGGUCUGGAUCCCUUCAGUGAAUUCCGCUUAACUGUGUUGGCUUACAACUCCAGAGGAGAUGGUCCAGAGAGCUCUCCUGUGGUGUUUGAGACUCCAGAAGGAGUCCCUGAACAGCCACAUUCUCUGAGGAUCCUGAACUUCGACAAGGACUCUGUCACUCUCUCGUGGGGACGUCCCAGGAAGGCCAAUGGCCACAUCACUGGCUACAUUCUGCAGUACCAGAUGAUCAAUGAAACACAUGACGUGGGACCUCUGAGUGAUGUCAGUGUCACAAACCAUUCCACACUCAGCUGGAGGCUCUCAGGUCUCAGCUCCAGCACCAAGUAUAAGUUCUACGUCAAGGCUUGUACAGUCAAAGGCUGUGGGAAACCUGUCACGGAAGAAGGACUAACGAUGGCACGAGGAAGUGAAGGGAUCGGGAAGAUGGCAGAUGCAGUAAAGCCCACCCAAAGGUUUCACCCCAUUGAGGCACUUGAGCCUGGAACUGAGUAUACAGUUCGUCUAGUGACUAAGAAUUGGGUUGAUAACAAUAGCAUUUUUGAAGAUGUAAUUGAGACAAGGGGGAGAGCCUAUGCUGGCGUUUACGACGGGCUUUCCACGCAGGGCUGGUUCAUUGGGCUGAUGUGUGCCAUCGCUCUGCUCACCCUACUGCUGCUCACUGUUUGCUUUGUCAGAAGAAACAAAGGAGGCAAAUAUUCAGUGAAAGAAAAAGAAGAUUUGCAUCCAGAUCCUGAAGCUCAAUCAAUAAAAGAUGAAAUCUUUGGGGAAUAUAGUGACAGCGAUGAAAAGCCCCUGAAAAGCAGCCUCCACUCAGUUGAUGGGGACAUUAAAGCCACUGGAAGUGCUGAUAGUCUGGUAGAUUAUGGAGAAGGGGAGCAUGGGAUGUUCAAUGAAGAUGGGUCAUUUAUUGGAGCUUACUCUGGAUCCAAGGAAAAAGGAUCGGUGGAAAGCACUGGGAGUUCGACGGCGACUUUUCCUCUCCACGCCUAA